AUGCCAAGGUUCUCGUUCAGACUCUGGAAGAGCCAGAAGGCUCAAGCACACGAGGAGGAUGAGGAGGAUACUUCUGAUGAGGAGUGCAAGCAUUUCGAGUGUGAGGCCGAGCCAGAAGGAGACGACCGACCUCGUAGUUGCACACCAGACGACCCGGGAGCUCCUCAAAUCCAAUCUGCCCACCCUGCCCAACCGGCCCAACCGGCAAACCAACACGACCGCAGACCCUCACGACAACCUUCCACGUCUCGACUUCGACCUCAACCUCAACCUCAGACCCAGAAGCCCGCCCAACACCGCUUCCCCAAACACACCCAGGAAUUCGUCCGCGCCCUCAACAAGUCCAUCAAGAAAACGAAGGCCCGGGACCGGGCUAUGCUGAUCGAGGUGUAUACCAAGUUCCUGCAGCAGGUCCCGCUGGAACACCCGGCCAUCGAUGACCCGGCGCUCUUCCUAGAGCUCGCUCGUGACUAUUUCCAACACGGGGCAAAGACGGACCGGAAGGUCGUCGUCUGCGUGGUGGAUCCCAUGUGUCCGCCAUGCGGCGUCCCGAGCGGCCCGCAGUUCGACCACCAGGUCAAAGUGUCGACGAGCGAGUUCGAGCUGCUGCGCUCGUACAGGCAGCAUCGGCGAGAGGCCGCGUGCGAGUGUGGGCUGGAGCUGCAGAAGAAGUGGCCGGGGUUGUCGAUGACGGAUAAGAGGCAUCGUGUGUUGCGGGACAUGGAGGUUGCGGAGAGGAUCGCGGAGGAGCAGGAGAAGUGUGCUUUGAUGGGUGAGAGGGCGGUGGCGCCGAACAAAGCGAGAGUGGAUGGAGGCGGCAAGGAGAGAAUUGUGAGGGAGAGGCCGACGAUGAGCGAGUGGAAAGAGCAGCAGGAGAGGAACAGGGUAGAGGAGGAGGAGAAGAUGAGGGCUCGGACGAUGAGAGAGAAUGCGGCCAGGAAGGUCAGAGAAGAAGCGUGGAGGAGGGAGAAGUUGGAAAAGCAGAGGGCGGCGGAAGCGAGUUCAAGCCAAGCGAGGAUCCCUCCUCACCAGGGGCAAGCCGAGGCCGGAGGAGACGAAAAGCCAGCAGAGAUCGACGAGCAGAUCGAAGGGAACCUCAGAGAAAGUCCUCGAGGCUGCCUCAAGCCUGGCAACGCCACCUCUCCAAAGCAGGAGAAGAGCGUCCGCCUCAAUGAUGGUAUCUCGGAGCACAUUAUCGCGCCCACAACAAGCAUAACCUCGAUCCCGCGAAGUCCAAGCCGGUGA